AUGGUCUACCCAACAGUGCGGCUGCCCAACACAGUCUGCCUAACAGUGUGGCUGCCCAACAUGGUCUACCCAACAUGUGGCAACAUAGUCUACCAAACAGUGCGGCUGCCCAACAGUGCGGCUGCCCAACAGUGCGGCUGCCCAACAGUGCGGCUGCCCAACAGUGCGGCUGCCCAACAUAUAGUCUGCCCAACAGUGCGGCUGCCCAACAUAGUCUGCCUAACAGUGCGGCUGCCCAACAUAGUUUGCCUAACAGUGCGGCUGCCCAACAUAGUCUGGCUAACAGUGCGGCUGCCCAACAUAGUCUGCCUAACAGUUGUGGCUGCCCAACAUAUAGUCUACCUAACAGUGCGGCUGCCCAACAUAGUCUACCUAACAGUGCGGCUGCCCAACAUGGUCUGCCUAACAGUGCGGCUGCCCAACAUAGUCUACCUAACAGUGCGGCUGCCCAACAUGGUCUGCCUAACAGUGCGGCUGCCCAACAUGGUCUGCCUAACAGUGCGGCUGCCCAACAUAGUCUGCCCAACAGUGCGGCUGCUCAACAUAUAG